AUGACACUUCCUCCAAGGCCUCGCCCAACCGUGGUGAUCGUGGGCGCCGGAAUCGCCGGUCUGAUGAUGGGUAUCCUCCUCGACAAGAUGGAUAUCCCUUACACCAUCCUUGAGCGUGCUCCCAAAGUCAAGCCCCUCGGUGCGUUGAUGAGUUUCAAUGGAAACAUCUUGGCGCUGUUUGACCAGCUGGGAAUGCUGGAUGAAGCGAUGAGCAUCUCGUUUAAGAUCCACAGUACCAACCUCUUUGAUGAGAAGCUUACCAAGCUUGCUGAAGUCAACACCAGCGACCACCACGAUCGCACGGGAUACGACUUUAUCGUCUUCUCACGCCCAGAACUGUACGAGAUCAUCCGGAAACGAGUCCCCGAGGAGAAAGUUCUGAUGAACAAAAAGGUCACCGCCAUCAAAAAGACUUCCACCGGCGUUUCUGUCUCCUGCUCCGAUAACACCACCUACGACGGACAUAUCCUUAUCGGUGCCGAUGGUGCCUACAGUACCGUUCGUCAGAAGUUGUAUAGCGAGAUGGAGGCUAAGGGAGUGCUUCCAAAGUCGGAUGGGGAGGAUUUGGCGAUGCCUUAUGUAUGCAUGGUCGGAACUACGACCCCCCAGGAUCCUAAGAAGUAUCCGGAGCUCCAGGGACCUACCACGCAUAUUCACCAUGUCAUUGGAGAUGGUUCUUCUUAUAGCUGGACAGUGAUCACAAUCCCAGGAAACAGAUUCUGCUGGAGCGUGAUGCAGCAGAUCACAGAUCCCGAAGAAGCCAAAGCCCAACGCUUCCGCAACUCGGAAUGGGGUCCCGAAGCAACCGAGUCCAUGAUCGCCGCCGUCCGUGGCUUCCCCACAACUUUCGGUGGUGGCACCCUGGGCGACAUUCUCGACGUAACCCCCAAGGAUGUGGUCUCGAAGGUCAUGCUGGAAGAGAAGCUGUUUGACACUUGGCACCACGACAACGUUGUGUUGAUUGGAGACGCUGUGCACAAAAUGCUGCCUACCUCAGGACAGGGCGCGAUCAAUGCGAUGCAGGAUGCGGUGGUGUUGGCUAAUUGCAUUUAUGAUUUGGAGGAUUUGAAGCCCGAGAGUUUGGACGCUGCGUUCGAGUCUUAUAAGCAGCAACGUCAUGGAGAGGCCAAGAAGCAGGUUAAUAACAGUGCCGUCAACGCCAAAAUCUCCAGCGGCCAGACGUUCCUUGACAGAUGUGUGCGUCACGUAGUCCUGAACUGGAUCCCCAAAUCCCUCCAAGAUCGCCAAUUCACAAAGGACGCCGCCUACCGCCCUCAAUGCACAUUCCUCCCCCGCAUUCCUGACAUGGGUAGCGUUCCCUCCCUCCCGCAACUCCCUUCCAAACGCUACCAGGCCGAGCAAGCUGCUGCCGCUAACUCUGCUGCUGUUUAG